AUGGAAUGGGACCCGACGCAAUUCUUCCGCGAGGAGGAGAACAAGACCCCGCCGCCGUUUGCGCUGGUGGUGUUGAACCAACCAAUCAAUGAGAUUGCGCUUUCUGUGCUGAGGGAGCAUGCUCUCACAAUUGUUUGUGCAGACGGCGGCGCAAACCGCUUUUUCGAGUCUGCAAAGUCACGCGGAGUGGAAGGUACUGAUAUCCCGGACAUAAUAAUCGGCGACCUCGACUCCAUCCGCCCCGAGAUUCGUACUCACUACGCGAACCUGGGCGUGAACAUCGUCCACGACGACGACCAGUACUCGACGGAUUUCACUAAGAGCCUGAGGUAUCUCCGCAAGCAGGAGGAGCGCAUUCUCUCUUCUUAUGCUGCUCCGUCAUCAAACUCUACGGCUCAUCAUCCCAUCAUUACGUCUGACCUCGUGUCCGGCGAGCGACGACGUCUUGAAAUCCUCAUCCUAGGCGGACUCGGAGGGCGCGUCGACCAGGCUUUCUCGCAGAUCCAUCAUCUAUAUAUGAUGGAUCAGGAGCAGAGUACCUCGAUCUCAGGCUCAGGCGCAGAUCCGAACACAGGGAACCUCUACCUCAUUUCCGAAGCAAGCAUAACAUUCAUCCUGCAACCGGGGCCCAACACAAUCCACGUUCCUCGGACAAAUCGACCACACACAAGCACCGCAUCAAAAACCGACAGUCCAAAUGCCAAAACUCACCAACUUCCGGCACCAAGAGAAGGAGAAGAAGAAGAAGAGGAAGAUCAUCUUCUCGAAGAAAACGUCGGCAUUAUCCCCCUCUCGGGCCCCGCGCGGAUAACCACAAGCGGGUUCCAGUGGGACGUCGAGGACUGGGCGACGGAAAUCGGCGGGCAGAUUAGUACGAGUAACCAUAUUCGAGCUGAGGUUGUGCAUGUUCAUACGGAUGUUCCUGUGCUGUUCACGGUGGAGUUAGCGAGGCGGUUGAAGAGGGUUUCGAGGUGA